UAAGGAACAGGGACACAUUUAUUUCAACAUAACAUAAUAUUACAGCAGCCAUAACAGAAUGCCCCCUAAAGCUCCCAGUAAAACGGUAAAAACAACAGCCGGUAAAGGAGGUACUGCAGCCAAACCUGCGGCAAAGGCAUCGGCACCCAAAGCUACCAGUAAAGAACCAAAGGCCGCAGCAAAACCAGCUGCAGCAGUCCCUGUUGAAAAGCCUCCAGAGCACACAAUGAAGAAGAUAGCACAGUUCGUACUAAAUGAUGCUGACAAAGUCGUCAAAAAUUCCAAAUGGUUUCCAAUGGUUAUUGAUCCGAGUGAAAUUGCUGGAAGAUUUCUACAGUACGGAGAAUGUACAUACGUCAACGGCCUAGAUCAAGGUUUUAUGACUUCCCCCGAUAGAGCCCGAAUAGCGGUACUGGCUGCUCUUAGACAUGGUAAAAAGGUCGUCAUCGACAUGAUGGGAGCUGAUCUUUACGAAUCCAUAUUUAAUCUAAUGGAGCAGGUGGAGCCAGGAAUGUUAGAAAGCAUACUAAACAAAAGCAUCAUGGAAGAUGAGAAAAUUGAGAAAUUAAUACGACCAGAAGAUGACGAUAUAUACAGAUCGAUCUUACAAUAUGGAAUGAAAGAAGAUUUCGGUUUUGUUAUAGUAACCAAUUCUGACAAACCCAAUGGUUUUACAGACAAAAUGAUGAACGUCAAAGUGGAAAACUAGUCUGGAGGCGAAGCGUUUUCACUUGUCAGAAAAUACAAUAAUUGUAUACUGAGUAUACAAUAUAGAAUAUACAUUUAUAGGUUUUCGUAUAUGAUUGUUUUCGUUAUCAAUGUUUUAUCAUUUCAUGUUUCUCUUGUUCUCUACAGCUAUACAAUAUCGUCUAUGAGUUGAAGAAUUAUGCAUUUUUCUCAACAACAUUUGCUC